GGCAGCAGCUGUUCUGUUGCGACAGAAGGGAAAGUGCGCCGAGCCGGAGCCGGAGCCGAAGCCGGCCGGGAGAGAGGGAGGGAGCGAAGCAGGGAGGCGAGGCGAGGCGAGGCGGGUAGGCCGCGGGGCCGCCGGCGGAUUGCGUUCUCCCACCCAGCCCCGUCCGGGGAGCGCCGCCGUCCCUGCCCCCGCCUCGGGAAGGAGGGAGGGAGGGAGUAUCCGCGCCGUCCGGCCACGUGCCCCUCCGGGGGUGCAGGUCUUUUCCCCUCCCCUCCCUUCCCUUCCCCCUGCCGGUGGGUCUUCCGAGGGAGAUCCCGGUUCAUUCUUCUCUUUCCCCCCCACCGCCCUUUUCUCUCCCUCUCUCUCCCUCUUGCCGGCUCUCUCUUCGCCGCCGCCGCCGCCCAGGAUCCCGGCCACGAUGCCGUCGGACUUGGCCAAGAAGAAGGCGGCCAAGAAGAAGGAGGCGGCCAAGGCGCGCCAGCGGCCCCGCAAGGGCCCCGAGGACGCCUCCGGCGAGCCCGACGUCGCCGCCCUUCUCCAGGGCCGCGAGGCCAACGGCGCUCCGGAGCCAGACGUGGAUGCCAUCACGAAGGCCCUGGAGGAGUUUGAGCUGAAGAAGGCGGCCGCCCGGGCGGUGACCGGGGUCUUGGCCUCCCACCCGAACAGCACCGAUGUCCACGUCAUUAACCUCUCGCUCACCUUCCACGGGCAGGAGCUGCUGAGCGACACCAAGCUGGAACUCAACUCAGGGCGGCGUUAUGGCCUUAUUGGGCUGAAUGGCACUGGAAAGUCAAUGUUGCUAUCGGCAAUCGGGAAACGGGAAGUGCCCAUUCCAGAACACAUUGACAUUUACCAUUUGACCCGUGAAAUGCCCCCCAGCGAGAAGACGCCCCUGCAGUGUGUGAUGGAAGUGGACACAGAGAGAGCCAUGUUGGAGCGGGAGGCGGAGCGCCUGGCUCACGAAGAUGCGGAAUGUGAGAAGUUGAUGGAGCUGUACGAGCGCCUGGAAGAACUGGAUGCAGACAAGGCUGAGACAAGGGCCUCGCGGAUCCUCCAUGGUCUGGGCUUCUCCCCGCUCAUGCAGAGGAAGAAGCUGAAGGACUUCAGUGGGGGCUGGCGCAUGCGUGUGGCACUCGCCAGGGCACUCUUUAUCCGGCCUUUCAUGCUGCUGUUGGAUGAGCCCACCAACCAUCUUGACUUGGAUGCCUGCGUGUGGCUGGAGGAAGAGCUGAAAACGUUCAAGCGCAUCCUGGUGUUGAUCUCCCAUUCACAGGACUUCCUGAAUGGUGUCUGCACCAACAUCAUCCACAUGCACAACCGCAAGCUCAAGUAUUACACGGGUAACUAUGACCAGUACGUCAAGACACGCCUGGAACUGGAAGAGAACCAGAUGAAGCGCUUCCACUGGGAGCAGGAUCAGAUCAGCCAUAUGAAGAAUUACAUUGCGCGCUUUGGUCACGGCAGUGCCAAGCUGGCUCGUCAAGCCCAGAGUAAAGAGAAGACUCUCCAGAAGAUGAUGGCAUCUGGACUAACCGAGCGGGUGGUCAAUGACAAGACACUCUCCUUCUACUUCCCAUCCUGUGGAAAGAUCCCUCCUCCAGUCAUCAUGGUGCAGAACGUGAGCUUCCAAUACAGCAAGGAUGGGCCGUGGAUUUACAACAACCUGGAGUUCGGUAUUGACUUGGAUACCCGAGUGGCCCUUGUGGGACCCAAUGGGGCUGGGAAGUCUACGCUGCUGAAGCUCCUCACUGGGGAGCUGCUGCCCACCGACGGGAUGAUCCGCAAACACUCUCAUGUCAAGAUCGGCAGAUACCACCAGCAUUUGCAAGAGCAACUGGACCUGGACCUCUCCCCACUAGAGUACAUGAUGAAGUGCUACCCAGAGAUCAAAGAAAAGGAAGAGAUGCGCAAGAUCAUUGGCCGCUAUGGGUUGACCGGGAAGCAGCAGGUGAGCCCAAUCCGGAACCUGUCAGAUGGGCAGAAGUGCCGCGUAUGCUUUGCGUGGCUGGCGUGGCAGAACCCCCACAUGCUCUUCCUGGACGAGCCCACCAACCACCUUGACAUUGAAACCAUUGAUGCUCUGGCUGAUGCCAUCAAUGACUUCGAGGGGGGCAUGAUGCUCGUGAGCCACGACUUCCGGCUCAUCCAACAGGUCGCCCAAGAGAUCUGGGUGUGUGAGAAGCGGACCAUCACCAAGUGGCCGGGAGACAUCCUUUCUUACAAGGAGCACCUCAAGUCCAAACUGGUGGAUGAGGAGCCACAGCUCACCAGGAAGUCCCACAAUGUGUGAGCCCUCGGGGUUGGGGGCUCAGGGGGCCUUUUCCCCAGAGACUGGCAGCACCCUGUGCGGGCAGGCCCCCCCCCGCGCCCCCCGCCUCCACCGCCUGCCUCCUGCUCACCCCAGGGAGGAAAGAACUGGUUGCUGCUGCUGCUGCUGCUGCUGCUUUGUUUCGUUCUGGUGCUGCCGCAGCUUUUUUCCUCUUCUCACCACCGGCUUCCCUCCGCAGCCCUCGUGGCCUCCACUUGGAUCUUGGAUUGCACCCGUUUCAUUUCCUCUGCCUGCGGAUGGCACUUCUCCCUCCCUCCCUCCCACUUUGUGUCAAGGUGGGCAACAGCAGAAGGGAGGAGGGGUGCAGACUUCACUCCAACCUCUUUGGGCCCCCGUUUGUUUUUAACAAUUAUUUAUCAAUGUAAUUGCCAGACCUGCCUGAGAAGUAUCAGUCAAUAAAGAGGGGGGGAAACGGUUGCAGA